UUCCUGCUCCUUCCCAGCUGCAGGUACGCGCGGGCCGGGCCGGGCUGGAGGACUGUGGGCGCGCAGAGACGCGGGCACCUCCUCACCCGGACCCGGGCCGCACCGCGCCUCCUCGCGCUCCGGGGGCCAGGGCAGCCGCCAGCCUGUCCUGGCUGCCCCGAUCGUCCCGAUCGCCGGGCUGCGAGGUGGCACAACGCCCCUCUCCGCCCAGCGCGCUGCAGUCCUCUGCGCCGAGCCUGGCAGCUCGCUCGUGGGCAAUCUUGCCACCUCGAGCCCCGGAGGGCCAAAGCCAUGAACGAAAUGUCCAGCUUUCUUCACAUCGGGGACAUAGUGUCCCUAUACGCCGAGGGCUCAGUCAAUGGCUUCAUCAGCACUUUGGGGCUGGUGGAUGACCGCUGUGUGGUGGAGCCUGCAGCUGGGGACCUGGACAACCCCCCCAAGAAGUUCCGAGAUUGCCUCUUCAAAGUGUGCCCCAUGAACCGCUACUCGGCACAGAAGCAGUACUGGAAAGCCAAGCAGACUAAGCAGGACAAGGAGAAGAUCGCCGACGUGGUACUGCUGCAGAAGCUGCAGCACGCGGCCCAGAUGGAGCAGAAGCAAAACGACACAGAGAACAAGAAGGUUCAUGGUGACGUGGUCAAGUACGGCAGUGUGAUCCAGCUUCUGCACAUGAAAAGCAACAAGUACCUGACCGUGAACAAGCGGCUGCCAGCCCUGCUGGAGAAGAAUGCCAUGCGGGUGACGCUGGAUGCUACAGGCAAUGAGGGCUCCUGGCUCUUCAUCCAGCCCUUUUGGAAGCUGCGGAGCAAUGGGGAUAACGUGGUCGUGGGGGACAAGGUGAUCCUGAAUCCUGUCAACGCCGGGCAGCCGCUGCACGCCAGCAAUUAUGAGCUCAGUGACAAUGCUGGAUGCAAGGAGGUCAACUCUGUCAACUGCAAUACCAGCUGGAAGAUCAAUUUAUUCAUGCAGUUCCGGGACCACCUGGAGGAGGUGUUGAAGGGGGGAGAUGUGGUGCGGCUCUUCCAUGCAGAGCAGGAGAAGUUCCUCACCUGUGACGAAUACAAGGGCAAGCUGCAGGUGUUCCUGAGAACCACGCUGCGCCAAUCCGCCACCUCAGCCACCAGCUCCAAUGCACUCUGGGAGGUGGAGGUGGUCCACCACGACCCCUGCCGAGGCGGAGCGGGACACUGGAAUGGUCUCUACCGUUUCAAGCACCUGGCCACAGGCAACUACCUGGCUGCCGAGGAAAACCCCAGCUACAAAGGUGAUGCCUCAGAUCCGAAAGCAGCAGGAUCGGGGGCCCAGGGCCGCACAGGCCGCAGGAAUGCAGGCGAGAAGAUCAAGUACCGUCUGGUAGCUGUGCCACAUGGCAACGACAUCGCCUCCCUUUUUGAGCUGGACCCCACCACGCUGCAGAAAACCGACUCCUUCGUGCCGCGGAACUCCUAUGUGCGCCUGAGGCACCUGUGCACCAACACAUGGAUCCAGAGCACCAACGCGCCCAUCGACGUGGAGGAGGAGCGGCCCAUCCGGCUCAUGCUGGGCACGUGCCCCACCAAGGAGGACAAGGAGGCCUUUGCCAUUGUGUCCGUGCCCGUGUCUGAGAUCCGCGACCUGGACUUUGCCAACGAUGCCAGCUCCAUGCUGGCCAGUGCUGUGGAGAAACUCAAUGACGGCUUCAUCAGCCAGAAUGACCGCAGGUUUGUCAUCCAGCUGCUGGAGGACCUGGUGUUUUUUGUCAGCGACGUCCCCAACAACGGGCAGAAUGUCCUGGACAUCAUGGUCACCAAGCCCAACCGGGAGCGGCAGAAGCUGAUGCGGGAGCAGAAUAUACUUAAGCAGAUCUUUGGCAUCCUGAAGGCUCCGUUCCGUGACAAGGGGGGCGAAGGUCCGCUGGUGCGGUUGGAGGAACUGUCCGACCAGAAGAACGCCCCCUACCAGUACAUGUUCCGCCUCUGCUACCGGGUGCUCCGGCACUCCCAGGAGGACUACCGCAAGAACCAGGAGCACAUUGCCAAGCAGUUUGGGAUGAUGCAGUCACAGAUUGGCUAUGACAUCCUGGCUGAGGACACCAUCACCGCCCUGCUGCACAACAACAGGAAGCUGCUGGAGAAGCAUAUCACCAAGACGGAGGUGGAGACCUUCGUGAGCCUCGUGCGCAAGAACAGAGAGCCCAGGUUCCUGGACUACCUCUCUGACCUGUGUGUGUCCAACCACAUCGCCAUCCCUGUCACCCAAGAGCUCAUCUGCAAGUGUGUGCUGGACCCCAAGAACAGCGACAUUCUUAUCCAGACGGAGCUGCGGCCCGUGAAGGAGAUGGCCCAGUCUCAUGAGUACCUCAGCAUCGAGUACUCGGAAGAGGAAGUGUGGCUCACGUGGACGGACCGGAACAACGAACAUCACGAGAAGAGUGUGAGGCAGCUGGCCCAGGAGGCACGGGCAGGCAACGCGCAUGAUGAGAACGUGCUCAGUUACUACAGGUACCAGCUGAAGCUCUUUGCCCGCAUGUGCCUGGACCGCCAGUAUCUGGCCAUCGACGAGAUCUCCAAGCAGCUGGGCGUGGACCUGCUUUUCCUGUGCAUGGCGGAUGAGAUGCUGCCCUUUGACCUGCGUGCCUCCUUCUGCCACCUGAUGCUACACGUGCAUGUGGACCGUGACCCCCAGGAGCUGGUGACGCCCGUCAAGUUUGCCCGCCUCUGGACGGAGAUCCCUACGGCCAUCACCAUCAAGGACUAUGAUUCCAAUCUCAACGCCUCCCGAGAUGACAAGAAAAACAAAUUUGCCAGCACCAUGGAGUUUGUGGAAGAUUACCUUAACAAUGUGGUCAGUGAGGCCGUGCCCUUCGCCAAUGAGGAGAAGAACAAACUCACCUUUGAGGUGGUCAGCCUGGCGCACAAUCUCAUCUACUUCGGCUUCUACAGCUUCAGCGAGCUGCUGCGCCUCACACGCACACUGCUGGGCAUCAUUGACUGUGUCCAGGCACCCCCAGCCAUACUGCAGGCCUAUGAGGAGCCUGGUGGCAAGAACGUGCGGAGGUCCAUCCAGGGCGUGGGGCACAUGAUGUCUACCAUGGUGCUGAGCCGCAAGCAGUCCGUCUUUGGGGCCUCCAGCCUGCCUGCCGGAGCGGGUGUCCCUGAGCCGCUGGACAGGAGCAAAUUUGAGGAUAAUGAAGACAUUGUGGUGAUGGAGACCAAGCUGAAGAUCCUGGAGAUCCUGCAGUUCAUCCUCAACGUGCGCCUGGACUACCGCAUCUCCUACCUGCUGUCGGUCUUCAAGAAGGAGUUCGUGGAGGUGUUUCCCAUGCAGGACAGUGGGGCGGACGGCACGGCACCCGCCUUCGAUUCCACCACUGCCAACAUGAAUCUGGACCGCAUCGGGGAGCAGGCAGAGGCCAUGUUUGGAGUGGGGAAGACCAGCAGCAUGCUAGAAGUGGAUGAUGAGGGCGGCCGCAUGUUCCUGCGGGUGCUGCUGCACCUGACCAUGCACGACUACGCACCGCUCGUCUCCGGCGCCCUGCAGCUGCUCUUCAAGCAUUUCAGUCAGCGUCAGGAGGCCAUGCACACCUUCAAGCAGGUCCAGCUGCUGAUCUCAGCCCAGGAUGUGGAGAACUAUAAGGUGAUCAAGUCGGAACUGGACCGACUGCGGACGAUGGUGGAGAAGUCAGAGCUGUGGGUGGACAAGAAAGGCAGCGUCAAGGGCGAGGAGGGGGAGGCGGGCGCCACCAAGGACAAGAAGGAGCGGCCCUCAGAUGAGGAGGGAUUUCUACAGCCACAUGGGGAGAAGAGCAGUGAGAAUUACCAGAUUGUCAAGGGCAUCCUGGAGAGGCUGAACAAGAUGUGUGGGGUGGGGGAGCAGAUGAGGAAGAAACAGCAGAGGCUGCUGAAGAACAUGGACGCCCACAAGGUCAUGCUGGACCUGCUGCAGAUCCCUUAUGACAAGGGCGACAACAAGAUGCUGGAGAUCCUGCGCUACACACACCAGUUCCUGCAGAAGUUCUGUGCCGGGAACCCUGGCAACCAGGCCCUGCUGCAUAAGCACUUACAGCUCUUCCUCACGCCCGGGCUCCUGGAGGCCGAGACCAUGCAGCACAUUUUCCUCAACAACUACCAGCUGUGCUCCGAGAUCAGCGAGCCUGUGCUGCAGCACUUUGUGCACCUGCUGGCCACGCACGGGCGCCACGUGCAGUACCUGGACUUCCUGCACACCGUCAUCAAGGCUGAGGGCAAGUACGUGAAGAAGUGCCAGGACAUGAUCAUGACCGAGCUGACCAACGCAGGUGACGACGUGGUGGUGUUCUACAACGACAAGGCUUCUCUGGCCCAUCUGCUGGACAUGAUGAAGGCAGCCCGAGAUGGCGUGGAGGACCACAGCCCUCUCAUGUACCACAUCUCCCUGGUGGACCUGCUGGCUGCCUGCGCGGAGGGCAAGAACGUCUACACGGAGAUCAAGUGCACCUCCCUGCUGCCUCUGGAGGACGUGGUGUCUGUGGUGACCCACGAGGACUGCAUCACCGAGGUUAAAAUGGCGUACGUGAACUUUGUGAACCACUGCUACGUGGACACAGAGGUGGAGAUGAAGGAGAUCUACACCAGCAACCACAUCUGGACGCUCUUCGAGAACUUCACCCUGGACAUGGCCCUGGUCUGCAACAAACGGGAGAAACGCCUGGCAGACCCCACCCUAGAGAAGUACGUGCUCACUGUGGUGCUGGACACCAUCAGCGCCUUCUUCAGCUCCCCGUUUUCAGAGAACAGCACGUCGCUGCAGACACACCAGACAAUUGUGGUUCAGCUGCUGCAAUCCACCACGCGGCUGCUCGAGUGUCCUUGGCUGCAGCAGCAGCAUAAGGGCUCCGUGGAGGCCUGUGUCCGCACCCUCGCCAUGGUGGCCAAGAGCCGGGCCAUCUUGUUGCCCAUGGACCUGGAUGCCCACAUGAGUGCCCUGCUCAGCAGUGGGGGCAGCUGUGCAGCCGCGGCCCAACGCAGUGCUGCCAACUACAAGACAGCCACGAGGACCUUCCCUCGCGUCAUCCCCACCGCCAACCAGUGGGACUACAAGAACAUCAUUGAGAAGUUGCAGGACAUCAUCCUGGCCCUAGAAGAGCGGCUGAAACCUCUGGUGCAGGCCGAGCUCUCGGUGCUGGUGGACAUGCUGCACUGGCCCGAGCUGCUCUUUCUGGAGGGCAGUGAAGCCUACCAGCGCUGCGAGAGUGGGGGCUUCCUGUCCAAGCUCAUCCGUCACACCAAGGGCCUCAUGGAGUCAGAGGAGAAGCUGUGUGUGAAGGUGCUUCGGACCCUGCAGCAGAUGCUGCAGAAGAAGAGCAAGUAUGGAGACCGGGGCAACCAGUUGCGGAAGAUGCUGCUGCAGAAUUACCUCCAGAACCGGAAAUCCAGCUCCCGGGGCGAGCUCCCUGACCCCACAGGCUCUGGCCUGGACCAGGACUGGUCAGCCAUCGCAGCCACCCAGUGCCGGCUGGACAAGGAGGGGGCCACCAAAUUGGUCUGCGACCUCAUCACCAGCACCAAGAACGAGAAGAUAUUCCAGGAGAGCAUUGGCCUGGCCAUCCGCCUGCUGGACGGAGGCAACACUGAGAUCCAGAAAUCUUUCUACAACCUGAUGACGAGCGACAAGAAGUCAGAGCGCUUCUUCAGGGUGCUGCAUGACCGCAUGAAGCGAGCCCAGCAGGAGACCAAGUCCACAGUGGCCGUCAACAUGAGUGACCUGGGCAGCCAGCCCCGUGAGGACCGUGAGCCAGCGGACCCUACCACCAAAGGUUGGGCUCCAGGCAGACGUGGGGUGCGGGGCACGGGGGUCUCCCAGAGAGGGAGGGGCUUCAGUCGCCCCCGCCUUACCAAGCCUUGCUCCACAGGCCGUGUGGCCUCCUUCUCCAUGCCCAGCCCCUCCCGCUAUUCGCUGGGCCCCGGCUUGCACCGGGGGCAUGAGAUGGGGGAGCGUGUGCAGAGCAACGAGAUGGGCACCUCUGUGCUCAUCAUGCGGCCCAUCCUGCGCUUCCUGCAGCUGCUGUGUGAGAACCACAACCGUGACCUACAGAACUUCCUGCGCUGUCAGAACAACAAGACCAACUACAACCUGGUGUGUGAGACCCUGCAGUUCCUGGACAUCAUGUGCGGCAGCACCACGGGGGGGCUGGGGCUGCUGGGGCUCUACAUCAACGAGGACAACGUGGGCCUGGUCAUCCAGACCUUGGAGACCCUCACCGAGUACUGCCAGGGCCCAUGUCACGAGAACCAGACCUGCAUCGUGACUCAUGAAUCCAAUGGCAUCGACAUCAUCACCGCGCUGAUUCUCAAUGACAUCAGCCCACUCUGCAAGUACCGCAUGGAUCUGGUGCUGCAGCUCAAGGACAAUGCCUCCAAACUCCUCCUGGCUCUGAUGGAGAGUCGGCAUGAUAGUGAGAAUGCGGAACGCAUCCUCAUCAGCCUGCGGCCUCAGGAGCUGGUGGACGUGAUCAAAAAAGCCUACCUGCAGGAGGAGGAGAGGGAGAACUCAGAAGUGAGCCCACGUGAAGUGGGCCACAACAUCUACAUCCUGGCGCUUCAGCUUUCCAGGCACAACAAACAGCUGCAGCACCUGCUGAAGCCGGUGAGGCGCAUCCAGGAGGAGGAGGCGGAGGGCAUCUCUUCCAUGCUCAGUCUCAACAACAAGCAGCUGUCCCAGAUGCUCAAGUCCUCGGCGCCUGCCCAGGAGGAGGAGGAGGACCCUCUGGCCUACUACGAGAACCACACCUCGCAGAUUGAGAUUGUGCGGCAAGACCGAAGCAUGGAGCAGAUCGUGUUCCCGGUGCCUGCCAUCUGCCAGUUCCUGACGGAGGAGACCAAGCACCGGCUCUUCACCACCACCGAGCAGGACGAGCAGGGCAGCAAAGUGAGCGACUUCUUCGACCAGUCCUCCUUCCUGCACAACGAGAUGGAGUGGCAGCGCCGGCUUCGCAGCAUGCCGCUCAUCUACUGGUUCUCGCGCCGCAUGACGCUGUGGGGCAGCAUCUCCUUCAACCUGGCUGUGUUUAUCAACAUCAUCAUUGCUUUCUUCUACCCCUAUGUAGAGGGUGCGUCCACAGGUGUGCUGGGCUCCCCACUCAUCUCGCUGCUCUUCUGGAUCCUCAUCUGCUUCUCCAUCGCGGCGCUGUUCACCAAGCGCUACAGUGUCCGCCCCCUCAUUGUGGCGCUCAUCCUACGGUCCAUCUACUACUUGGGCAUUGGGCCCACACUCAACAUCCUGGGUGCCCUCAAUUUGACCAACAAGAUCGUGUUCGUGGUGAGCUUCGUGGGCAACCGUGGUACCUUCAUCCGUGGCUAUAAGGCCAUGGUCAUGGACAUGGAGUUCUUGUACCACGUGGGCUACAUCCUGACGAGCGUCCUGGGCCUCUUUGCACACGAGCUCUUCUAUAGCAUCCUGCUCUUUGACCUCAUCUACCGCGAGGAGACGCUCUUCAAUGUCAUCAAGAGUGUGACCCGCAAUGGCCGCUCCAUCCUGCUGACUGCCCUCCUGGCCCUCAUACUAGUCUACCUCUUCUCCAUCGUGGGGUUCCUCUUCCUCAAGGAUGAUUUCAUCCUGGAGGUGGACCGGCUGCCUGGGAACCACUCCAGAGCCAGCACCCUGGGAAUGUCACAUGGAGCUGCCACAUUUAUGGGCACAUGUAGUGGGGACAAGAUAGACUGUGUCUCGGAGGUAUCGGUGCCUGAGAUCCCAGAAGAGGACGAGGAGCUGGAUAGCACUGAGCGGGCCUGUGACACUCUACUUAUGUGCAUCGUCACCGUCAUGAACCACGGACUGCGCAAUGGUGGUGGUGUGGGUGACAUCCUCCGCAAGCCCUCCAAAGAUGAGUCCCUCUUCCCUGCCCGGGUGGUAUACGACCUCCUGUUCUACUUCAUCGUCAUCAUCAUCGUGUUGAACCUCAUCUUUGGGGUGAUCAUCGACACCUUCGCCGACCUGCGCAGUGAGAAGCAGAAGAAAGAGGAGAUCCUCAAGACCACAUGCUUCAUCUGUGGUCUGGAGAGGGACAAGUUUGACAACAAGACAGUCUCCUUUGAGGAGCACAUCAAGCUGGAGCACAACAUGUGGAAUUACCUGUACUUCAUCGUGCUGGUCCGUGUCAAGAACAAGACGGACUACACAGGCCCCGAGAGCUACGUGGCUCAGAUGAUCAAGAACAAGAACCUGGACUGGUUCCCACGGAUGCGUGCCAUGUCCCUGGUGAGCGGCGAGGGUGAGGGUGAACAAAAUGAGAUCCGAAUCCUGCAGGAGAAACUUGGCUCCACCAUGAAGCUGGUGUCCCACCUCACCGCCCAGCUCAAUGAACUCAAGGAGCAGAUGACAGAGCAGCGGAAACGGAGGCAGCGCCUGGGCUUUGUGGAUGUGCAGAACUGCAUGAGCCGCUGAGCGGAGCCGCUGAGCGGAGCCACGGGAGCCCCCGCAGGAGGUCCACGGCAAACGUGACUGCCCUUCCUCCAGGCCAGGUGGCCAUCGGCCGGCCCAUCAACCUCUGGAGGCCAGGUGCCCACUCCUCCUCCUCCGCUGGCAACCCUCCCGCAAGCCAGGCUCUGGCCAGCAGGGGUACUUCAGAGCACAGUCCUGCUUAGAGCCCUUGAAGAGACUCAGUUUACCUUAGUGCCUUAGAGGACACUAGGUCCUCCGGACUGCUGUGCCUUGAAGCAGUAACUGACAUUCCUCAGUGGUCCUUGCAGGGGUUAGAAGUGGGCUGCCUCUCAUCUCCAAGCACUACAUUGUGGCUGUUCCCUGCCUUCCUCCUGCCUCAGGAAGGUGGCAGCCUGCUGUUAUUAGCUACUUAGGGCUUGAUACUUAACUUAUUCCCGGGGUUACCCCACCCUGUUGUGCCUGCUGGGGACAGUGCGCUGAACUCUUGGCCCCGUCCAAGGCGCCCGAUGACUCAGGAUGGAUGGCUUUGUAGGCAAGAGUCACUAGCCCAAGGGACAGGACUGAGCUGUAGGAAAGUGGUGUCUGACUGCUUUUUUUCUCUUUGGUGUCAUGUUUUACAAGUCCUAUGUCCUGAGAACUAAUGUGUUAAUUGCCUUAAAUAAAUUAAUGGAAUCCAA